AUGCUCAAUAACCUUACCGCCACAGCUCUAGGAGGUCACAAAGAGUCGUGCUCUGAGGACAGUAAGCAGCUGGAGCUGAAGCCAAGCGUCGACCGCUCGCACCAUGCGCUGGGAGCGCGGCUUCAUCUCGCGCACUCCAUACGCACCGAACAUCUGCAAGGUGGACUUCACCAGCAGCAGCACAGUGGUGGGCACAUGUCAACUGUGCCGGUCAGCAUGUCUUCCUCAGCCUCGGAUAGUGACAAGCCGGCCAAGCAGAAGAGGCACAGAACAAGGUUUACUCCUGCACAAUUAAAUGAGCUGGAGAGAUGUUUCUCUAAGACGCACUACCCCGAUAUUUUUAUGAGAGAAGAGAUCGCCAUGAGGAUCGGCCUCACUGAGAGUCGGGUUCAGGUGUGGUUCCAGAACCGCCGGGCGAAGUGGAAGAAACGAAAGAAGAGCACCAACGUAUUUCGGUCCCCUGGCUCCUUGUUGCCCUCUCACGGUCUACCGCCGUUCGGCGCGGGCGACGUCUGCAGCCCCGGUGUGUUCGCAGACCGACCCUGGUCUAUGCCUUCUGGCCUUGGUCAACUCUCGCAAGGGGGUGUAUCUAUGGGCGGGUUCAGUGCGGGUGGACUGCCGCAGCUUGCAGCCGAUUUGAACCCUGCACUGCCCAUUAGUUCCAUGGCCUCCCAGCAGUAUCAGUCGCAUUACCCGCUCAACUCUUUAGGCGAAUCCAUGAUGUCAUACUGCGGUGGGUCCGGCGCACUUGACGGCUCACCCGCCUCGCCGCACGCUCACUGCAACACUGCCUCGCCCACUGCACCCGGCGGCGGGGGAGCGGGCGGCGGCGGGGGCGGCGGCGGCGGGGAGGGGUGCGAGGAGGAGGCGUGGCGCGGGCACAGCAUCGCCGCGCUGCGCCGCCGCGCGUCCGAGCUGUCGGCCGCCAUCCCGCCCUACCUGCAGCUCAACUACGACCACGCGCACAGCCCCGUCUACUGA